CAUUGCAAGCAAUUCCUUCCACCAGGCAUGAACAAAAACCUAUCCACCACCAUCAAAAUGCAACCUGGUAUCAUAUUUCUAAAUUUACAUUAUUCUAAUAGAUGACUGUCCAAUUGUUUCUCCCUCUCAAAAAUACAUGGGAAUGCCACAGUUCACAAAUGAGCAUUGCUGUGAGGGAAACGUUUGUUGUUAGCAGUCAUUGUAAGGUUUGCCUUUGGAAUGUACGUGGCUUUCAAGUUACAUUUCCCAGUCAUUUCCCAGUCUGGGUUGUAUUCAUUGUGCUUUUUUUUUUUUUUUACUUUUUAGUGGACUAUAUUGUGGAAUAUGACUAUGAUGCAGUGCAUGAUGAUGAGUUAACAAUCCGAGUUGGGGAAAUCAUCAGGAAUGUGAAAAAACUGGAAGAAGAAGGAUGGUUGGAAGGGGAGUUAAAUGGCAGAAGGGGCAUGUUCCCUGACAAUUUUGUUAAGGAAGUUAAGAAGGACAUAGAGCCCAAGGAUGAUGCCGUGCCACUCAGGAGGGAGAAAUCUGGCAAUGUAGCCAGCCUUGUGCAGCGUAUGAGCAGCUAUGGGCUUCCAGCAGGAGGAUUUCAGCCUCAUCCCCCCUCCAAAGGCUUCAAGAAGAGGUCCAAGAAGCGGCAGUGCAAAGUGCUCUUCGAGUACAUCCCGCAGAAUGAGGAUGAGCUGGAACUCAAGCUGGGGGAUGUGAUUGACAUCAUUGAUGAGGUAGAAGAAGGAUGGUGGAGUGGAAUACUGAAUGGCAAGGCAGGGAUGUUUCCUUCAAACUUUGUGAAAGAAUUGGAAUCAACGGAUGAUGGAGAAACACAGGAUGCUCUGGAUGACACAGAGCCUGUUUUUAAUAGUCCUACCUCACCUGUGACCUCUCCAGGAAAUGGGAGUGAACCUGCAUUGGGACCAGCACAGCCAAAGAAAAUCCGAGGUGUUGGGUUUGGAGAUAUCUUUAAGGAAGGCUCAGUGAAACUUAAAACGAGAUUAUCUAGUAAUGAAUCAGAAGAUAAAAGAUCAGAAGAUAAAAAGCAAGAUAAGCCAUUACCUAACCACCCCCCUGGAACCAAGUUAAUUCAUUUUGGCAAUAUAGCGAAAACUGAAAACACACCUGAAGUAAUAAAACCAGAAGCUGAAAGUAAACCAAAAGCCAAGGAAUAUUGCAGGACAAUAUUUUCCUAUGAUGGCUCAAAUGAUGAGCUCAGCUUUAAAGAAGGCGAGAUCAUUCAAAUAAUCAGUAAGGACACUGGAGAGCCAGGCUGGUGGAGAGGAGAGCUCAAUGGUAAAGAAGGAGUCUUCCCAGAUAACUUUGCUAUUCAAAUACAAGAGUCUGAUAAAGACUUCCCUAAGCCGAAGAAACCUCCACCUCCAGUUAAAAGUCCAGCUGCAAGACCUGAAUUGCCAGCAGGAGAAAAGAAAUUCCUUUCUUUGAGGUCUGAAGAAAAAGAUGAAAAAGGAACUUUGGAUCAGAAGCCUUUGAAGCCACAAGCUCCUCAAGUCCCACCCAAGAAGCCUAUUCCUCCAAGCAAGACCAACAGCUUACUGAGAGCAGGGCUCCUGCACCCAAAACGUCCAGACAAACCUGGUUUGCCAUCAUCUGCAUCCAAGACUAAUGGAGAAGUUGUUACUCUUCGACCAAAAUCUGAAGUUGAGCCAGUAGCAAAACCAAAGUUAGACUCUGAACCAUUGCCACUCAGACCAAAAUCAGUAGAGGUAGAUUCACUUGUGGUAAAGAGCUCUAAAGAAUCAGAUCUGUUAAGCUUUGAUGUAAUAGCUACCUCAGAUAAUCUGUCACACCCGACUGCGAACCGGCCCAAGAUGCCUGGUAGGAGGCUGCCUUCCCGUUUCAAUAGCAGUAGUCCUGCAAGUCAAAAUGUGGGUCCAGAAAAAAUUUUGAAGGUGCAGAAAGAAGAAGAAAGUGCCAAACCAAAGCCAGUUGAAACAAAGAAGCCAUCUUCAUUCAGCCCACCGAUUCCACCUUCAUCUCAGAGACCAAGUUCUGUCAUACUCGACUUUCUACCUGGAGAUCCCCAACCUAAAGGAGAAGCAGAUGAUGAAAAAAAUUCUGUGGAAGAGCUCAGGACUCAGAUUAAUGAUUUAAUUGGUUUAGUAGAUGCACUGAAGAAAGAGCAUGGGAGAGAACUGGAAAAACUAAAGAAGGAUUUGGAAGAAGAGAAGCUGAUGCGAAGCAGUCUGGAGCUUGAAGUAGAAAAAUUGAAGAAAGCAGUGAUGUCUACAUGAGACAGCUAUGGACUCAAUGUUUUUAACUCACCAGGAAUUCAAAGCUGAACACAAGGAGAACUGACUCUUAUUUCAUUAUAGUGGAUGCUGGUGUUCUACAGUUUUAAAGAAAAAAUAUAGUAAAAAAAAAAAAAAAGGAAUAUAGUCUUAUAUUCAGAGAGAUAAGGAAACAAAAAAGAAUAAUGGUGUAAUUUUUUUUGCCAAUAUAAAAGAGGCCUUAUUUCUUACUGUGCUGGAAUUGCAGACCUUAUUUCUUUGGUUUGCUUGAAAAUACUACUGAAUCUGUAUAGAAAGGAGAGGGAAUUCUUCAUAGAUUUUUAUUGAAUACCUGUAGCUUAAUUUUUAAAGAGAUCUAUACUAUAAAUAGGGUGAUCUGUCUUUGCAACUAAUCUGUAAAAUAGUCUGUUGGAAGGGAUGGAAUAACUGUAUCGUAAUUGUAGUCACUACUUUUCCCCUACAUGCAAAAGGGAAUAUAUGGUAUUUGUAUAAUUUUGGCAGUCCUACCCAGGGUUAUGCUGUUGUGCCUGUCUGCAGUGAGAAUAUUAAUACUAUGCUGUUAAUAAGUUGAGUAAUGAGAUAGGAAUUUGAUAGUGCAAUGAAGCAGGUGAAACUCCUAUGCAUUGUAGAAAGAUUGAAUGAUCUAAUCCAUGUAGUUCACCAGAACGGUUUGUCACUUGCACUAUUGGAUUAUAAAGGGAUUUAAGACUGAAUCAUGUAA